GAUCGGAGUACUCAACGGCUCGUUUCAAUUGCACAAAUUUUCGAAGUUCACUUUUGGAUCCAUUCUGCAGUGAUUUGGAGCGAUGGUGGGAGGGAAGGCAACCAAUGCGUCGGAUAUCGCGGACGAGGACGAACUCGAUGAAGAACCAGGGGAGGUCAUCGAAUCGGCGCCGCCAUUCGAGGUCGGCGAGGAGAGACAAAUCAACUCCUCUGGUCUCAAGAAGAAGCUCAUCAAGCCUGGCCUUGGUUGGGAUUUUCCUGAUUUCGGCGACGAAGUCACUGUUCACUACGUGGGGACUUUGCUUGAUGGGACGAAGUUCGAUUCCACCAGGGAUAGAGAUGAGCCUUUCACUUUCAAGCUUGGCCACGGUCAAGUGGUUCCUGGAUUAGACCAUGCGCUUCUUACCAUGAAAAAGGCGGAGAUUGCAUUGUUCACAUUGCCCCAUGAAUUGGGUUAUGGAGCCAGAGGCACUGAAGGUGUUCCUCCAAAUUGUGUUAUUCAGUUUGAAGUGGAGCUCAUCUCAUGGAUCACUGUGGUUGAUAUUUGUAAGGAUGGUGGGAUUAUCAAGAGAAUUAUAGAAAAGGGAGGACAAACUGGCCCGCCCAGUGAUUUAGAUGAAGUUCUAGUGAAGUAUGAAGCAAGACUGGAUGAUGGCACUAUUGUUGCUAAGACGCCAGAAGGGGGAGUUGAGUUUUAUGUGAAAGAUGGUCAUUUUGUCCCAGCAUUGCCAAAAGCAGUAAAGACCAUGAAAAAGGGAGAGAAGGUCAAUCUCAUUGUCCAACAUCAAUAUGCUCUCUGGGAUAGUGGUAGCAAUCCUAAAAUUGAGUCUAUUUCAUUCCCUCUGUGUUCUGUAUUAAACAUUAAUCUCGAGUUGGUGUCAUUCAAGCCUGUUAUUGAUGUCACUGGUGACUCCAAGGUAAUUAAGAAGAUUCUAAAAGAAGGUGAAAGCACUAUCACUGCAAAUGAGGGUGCAGCUGUUAUGAUUAGAUAUACAGCGAUGCUAGAAGAUGGCACUGUGUUUGAGAAGAAAGGCUUUGAUGGAGAAGGGCCAUUGGAGUUCAUUACAGAUGAAGAACAAGUAAUUGCUGGAUUGGAUCGAGCAGCAGCAACAAUGAAGAAGAAGGAGCAAGCUAUACUGUCAAUAAAUUCUGAGUAUGGAUUUGGAAGCACAGAAGUUAAGCAUGAACUUGCUGUAGUUCCACCAAAUUCUACAUUAGUCUAUGAAAUUGAAAUGUUGGAUUUUAUAAAGGAGAAAGCACCAUGGGAAAUGAGUACUCAAGAGAGAAUUGCGGCAGCUGAGAAAAAUAAAGGAGGAGGCAAUAUACUCUUUAAAAAUGGAAAGUAUCAAAGAGCUAGUAAAAAAUAUGACAAGGCUGCAGAUUAUGUUAGUGAAGAUGCAUCCUUUGGACAAGAUGUUCAAAAGCUUGUCAAAGCAUUACGAGUGUCAUGCUGGCUAAAUGGUGCAGCUUGUAGCCUCAAGCUAAAUGAUUUCACUGAAGCAAUCAAGCUUUGUUCUAAGGUCCUAGAUUUAGAGUUCCAUAAUCUGAAAGCUUUAUACAGGCGGGCACAAGCUUAUAUGGAAACUGCAGAUUUACAAUUAGCUGAGCGGGAUAUCAAGAAGGCCUUGGAAGUUGAUCCUAAGAAUAGGGAGGUAAAGUUGAUACAGAAGAAUUUGAAGCAACUCCAAGCUGAGAGCAACAAGCGAGAUGCAAAGUUUUAUUCAAAUAUGUUUGCUUGUAUGCCGCAGGACGACUCCGUGGCAUCAAAGAGAUUAAAAGUUGAGCAAACUGAAGAUAGCAAGAGAGAGGAAGAGGCCAUGGCAAUGGAGAUGGAAAAGGUCGCGGUGAAUUCCCCUCCCCUCGCCCCCUGACACUAAUGCUGCCGUCAACCAUUCUUCUUCUUGAUCCAUACCAUUGCCAUACAUAUCUGUAAAGUAAAAGCCCAUAGUAAACCGAGAGGUCGGUGUUUCAUAGGCGCAGAGAACAUACUGCCAUAGAUUAGGGAAUAGGCACCAUACCCAGCUUGGUAAUUACUUUUCUGGAAAAUGACAAUGUGACAAUGUUCAUACAAGAGGAUUUUGUUGUAAAGAAGACUGUUACAUUCAGAGAACCGUUUAUAUUUGUCUAUAGUUUCCGGUGUUGAAUCUCUCUGUUUAGACUGUUA